UCCUUCUACUGGAUAUUUUGGCGUAGAGAAGAGAACACUCUCAGCAGACUCAGUCUCAGAGGCAACGCAGUGUUGAGAGUUGAGGGUUUAGACUAGAGACAUGCAGACCUUAUCAGUGGCUUCUUCGUCUUCGUCUUCAUUAAGUUUUGGACUGAGACUGAGAGCUUCAUGGGACACUCAACCGAUGGUUUCUUACAACCCCAAUGCCCCCAAAAACCCCAAGAAAACCCCUACUAUCUCCAAAAAUCCUCCCCCAACUGUCACCUUAACUGCCUCAACCGCCCGAAUGGUCGAUUCCAUUUCCGAACUUCUCAAGCGCCCACCAGUUCCACCACCUCAAGGAGAAAUGACCAAAACGGAUGAUUUAUACUUGGGGUAUGAACGGUGGUUGCCUAGUCCUCCAAAAGUGAAGAAGCCUCGAUCCAUAUACAAUGCAGCAGCAUUAGCAUAUCUUGGUGAUUGUAUUUACGAGCUAUAUGCCCGCAGGCAUUUCUUGUUUCCUCCCCUGAGCAUUGAAGAAUUCAAUGAUCGUGUGAUGGCAGUUGUACGAUGUGAAGCUCAAGAUGCAUUGCUUCAGAAACUUCUAAGUGAUAAUUACCUAUCACAACAAGAAAGGGAUGUUCUUCGGUGGGGAAAGAAUAUUGGUAAUUCAGUAAAAACACGGACAAAAAAGCGUGCAGGUGUAGCAGUUUACAAUAGAGCAUCUUCACUGGAAACAUUAAUUGGUUAUCUCUAUCUGACAAAUGCAAAUCGGUUGGACGAAAUUAUGGUUAAGAUUGGAUUCUCAACCGACUCCUCAACGCAGUUGAUUUUGGAGGAAUCAGUCGGCAAAAGCGCAGAGGGUAUUGCCCCAAAGCUUCCAUGAAAUACAGUUUUGCCUUAAUACUUUUGGUGUACAUGUUAUAAAUAGUUGUACCUCAUCCAGUAUUAUAAAUCUGUACCUUGAACAAAAGAUAUGUAAGAAAAUUUUGAGUUCCGUUUACCGUUGGUCUAAUAUUAGCAGUAAUUUGGUUCA